GGUUUGGCAACUACACUGACAGCAGUCCAAUUUCAAUGGAGAGCGCUGUUCCCUUCUGUAACUUGUAAGGAGAGUUGCUCCGUCCCAUCUCGUCUCGAUCUUCUGUUUGAUUCCGCUUCAUGCUGGGCACUGUUCAGUGUGAUGCCCGUGCACUUGAGCUGCCGCAAUGAAGAGGAAAGCAAACUCUGGUGCAGAUUGUUUCUACCUUAAAUGUCAAGAGUUUGAGAACCAACAAACACACUGGAUUCUCUGUCGGCAAAUUGGCAUCACUCCAGGCCAAUAUCCACCUGCGAUCAUUCACCAUAUACCAGAUUCAUGUUUCAGUCUAUUGACAGCGCUAGAUAAUGCAGCUAGCCGACCUUUGUAGGCAAUAACGCGUGUUGAAUCCUCAAAGAUUGGCAAUGGGAAAGACUCCCAUCAUGAGAUCUGCAUUGCUACCCCCUUGCACCACUAUAGCGGCUCUGCUAGUCCUGGUCAUCUGUCUCGUUUUAUCGGUUGGAUUCGUGCUCCGAACCGACAGUGGCCAGUUUAAGCUGGCAGAGCAAGUAGAGCGCACCGUGAUUUGCAAUUGCACGCCUUUCCAGAUUGUGGCUCACUCUCCCCCUGAUGUUCCUCUGAAGUUACCACCGCAACCGCAGCUACCGCAACCGCAGCUCGUGGAGAAUCCAGAGCACUAUGUCAGUACUACGUGCAGAGGGGCAUACAACGAUACCCAAGAGGAAGAGAAGAGGGUUCGAAAGAGCCUUGAAUGGAACCCACGGCCUGACAAGUACUUGCUAGCGUGGUGCCUGAUGGGGAAAUUCACCAACCGACUCAUCUGCCACAUGAAGUUCAUGACAAUAAGUGCACUCCUAGGCCGUACCCUGAUCUGGCCCCAAGAGGACUUUCAGUUUAAUUACACGACUGCUCUUGACAUGCCACGGGUCAAACGGUGCUUCACGCCCGAGAGUCAACGAGCGAACAGCGAUAAAGUUCCUAUCAUUUUGACCCUUGAGGAAUACCGUGAGCAAGGUCACAACGAGAACGUGACGAUUCGCUGCCUCCAAGCCGAUUGCCUGUCCCGGGUUGAAAUGGCGGAGCGCUUUGACCAACAAGGGUUUGCUUAUCACGAAGAUGAGGACAACCCCGAUUGGGGCUUAGAGUUUGGGGCCAUCACGACGUUAAAACAGGUCCAAGACCGUUACGCCCCCCUCCAUGACGUCGGCGUUCUCGCGAUCGGUGACCCUUACGGAAUUGACAUAAGAGAAGAGGAGCGAGGGGAUAGCGCGCGCGUUGUUGCUCGUUGGACGAGUACCGGAAUCGUUAACAGUUGGAAUCUCCAAUCAGGCAAUCUGACGGCUCAGAACUGCGCGCCCGCGGUCCUGCCGAACGAGGCGAUCAUGGUCGCGGCGCGGAACUUCGUCCGCGCGUUUUUCGGAGCGAUCCCGUUCCUGAGUAUACACAUCCGGCGGGGCGACUUUUUUGAAUUUGAUCAUUUAAUGCCGUCUAUCACGGACGUUGGUCUGUGCAUACGAGCCACGCUCCUAGUACACCCGGAGAUGAAGGUUGUGUUUGCUGCAACCAAUGCGAGCCCUCCCGAGUUAGCUUUGCUCAGGCAACUUGUGCAAGUGCCCAUUGUUGUUCUAGACAAUGACCACACAAUUGCCGCGUCGUGGAACAACGUCCUCGAAAACCAGUUUGGCGCAAACUGGAACGAGGAUACUCUGAUCUUGUCUAUGCUGGACAAGGCGAUUUGCAGCCUGUCGACGGUUUUCCUGUCAAGUAGCCUGUCAACCUUUUCCCUGGACAUCUUGAGAAUACGGCGCGGGCUGGGAAAUGUGCAUUGCCACGACGGGGACUUCUGCAAAGCCAUGCAAUAUUGGUAUUGAGUUGUAAGCUGAAUUAAGAUGCUGCAAAAUUGAAGAAUUGGUACAGCAAUGCGAGUAACACGCGUAGGCGUCGAAGCCCACAAGUGCUUGAAGCGGACUAUACUUUUAUGCUGCCCACUAACCUUGCAGCCUUAACCGUCAUGUUGCACGCAAUUUAGGUAGUCCGGAUUCAGCACUAGAUAGAGUAGUUGGUUAUGUUAUGUUUUUUAUAUGUCAGCAUCUGCGAAAACAAGUGACAUGAGCAAUCAAAAGGUUCACAAGGUCGUCGCGGUUUGCGGAGCUCAAGUUCCAAUCACGUGUUGCCGCGUGGACUCAUCGUAC